AAUUUCAAUCUUUAACGUCUGCUAUUGCUUAUGUUUUUACGCAUGUGCGAGAUUUGUCUCUCCAAUCUUCAAUUCGCAACAUUGCAGCAGCUAAAGCUAUUUUCGAACGUAUUCAACAUACAUUGAUAUACAUGGUAUAUACGAACAAAUUUCGUUACCUCAGAGAGAGUGAGUGAUUUUAAUAUGCAUAAAUUUUUAUAUAUUUUUUAAAAACAAGUUAGUAUAAUUAUUUGUUAAGCUCGAGACUGCGCACCUUAUUGGGAAAAUAAAUGUCGAUAAAAGAGAAUAUUCUAGCCGUACAAAGGCUUUUUAGUAUUAAAAGCAUUUGUCAAUGCUUUGACAUUUGACGAGAAAUUAACGAAAGAGAGAAAAAGAGAUCAUUAAUAAAAGUAUUCACAACUCGACACCGCGACCAUAAAGAAAAAAAAUGACUGUUAUGGAAUUCUUUGGUUGUGCCUUUUUGGCUUUUGGCCCUCCACUAGCUAUGUUUACGUUCACCAUUGCUGCUGAACCCAUCAGAAUAAUCAUAUUGAUAGCCAGUGCCUUUUUCUGGCUUAUUUCGUUGCUACUGUCAUCUAUACUUUGGUAUGCCGUUGUUCCUCUACAGGAAAAUCUUGCAUUUGGAUUAGUGUUUUCUGUAUUGUUCCAGGAGAGCUUCAGAUACCUACUUUAUUGGGUGCUGCGUAAAGCCGAGAGAGGUUUGGAGAAAGUUACAACAACGCAUGUGGCAGAUAGCAGACACAUAUUUGCUUAUGUGUGUGGUUUAGGUUUUGGCUUCAUGAGUGGUGCCUUUGCUCUAGUUAAUGUUCUGGCUGAUGCAGUCGGACCUGGUACCAUGGGGCUAUGGCAAGGCACUGAAUACUUCUUCAUCAUAUCAGCUGCCACCACACUGUGCUUCAUUUUACUACAUACAUUUUGGGGUGUCAUCUUCUUUUCUGCAUUGGACAAAAGAAAUUGGGGACAUAUUAUCUGGGUAGUUGGAACUCAUCUAUUUGUCUCGUGUAUGACCUUGCUCAAUCGUUAUCAAGCAUAUGCAGCCAGUCUUUUGUCUGCAUACAUAGUAUUAGUGAUAACAACUGCACUCGCAUACAAAGCUUCAGGUGGGUGGAUUCAAACUUCAAUUCUCCAUUUCCAAAGAAACUGAGAGUUUACAAAAGUUACUUAAUAAUAUAUGAUUGAUUAAUAAUUCCAUCUUUGAGCAUUGUAAUAAAAAACAUUCUUUCCACUUACUAGUCUUAUAAAAAAAUUGUUCUUUGCUUCAUUAUAUAUAAUAUACAUAAGGAUGUGUUUAAAAAAUAAGUAUACUUUUUAAAAAUUACUAAGUUUAAAUGAUAUGAAAAAUGUAGAUAUGAAAUAUUGUAAUUGAAUGAUAAAUUUUGUGGUGGUGUAAAAUACGUUCUGAAUUCUAUAAAGAAUACAUUUCACUAUAAUUGCAUAACAUUUUGAGGACAUUUAAAAAUAAGUAUUUUGACACGAAAUUUUCGCGAUUGUUUUCCCCUUGAGAAGCUUCAACACUGAACACUUUUAUUAAGCUAUUGGCCCAUUAAAAAUUUAUAGACAAAAACAAAAUAGCAUUUUGAUCUGAAUGACAUUGAAUUUUUUCCUCGUAUGUUUAAAAAAAAAAAAAGAAUUUAAAAUAUAAAUGUAAUUACAUACAUAUAUAUAUGUGUGUGCGCGCUCGCGCGUAUAUACAUCUCUAUAAUGUAUAAUUGUCAUAUAAAUAAGAUAUAUAUUUGUGCAUCAAUUUUCACCGUAAAAAUGAAUUCCUUGACUAGAUGAAACGAAGAAACUACGAGUCAAUGGAAUUGCUUAUUAAUCUAUGUAUAUAAAUAUUAAAAAAGAAAGCCAUCUGAUGAUUACCUUAAAAUAAUUGUGACCUAUAUCUCUUGAGAUUUAAUUAAUUUAAUCUUCACUUACUACAUUUUGCAACGAUUUAUUGUCCAAUUCAUAUUAUAUUUCAUAUGACAAUAAAAUAAAAACAAUUUUUGUACAAUA